UUCAGUGCGCAAGAUGUCGGCCAAGGGUUCAAGGCACCACUGUGGAGGAGCACUGCUUACGGACCGAUGGGUGCUUACCGCGGCCCACUGCGUCGUCGAUUCAAAGGGCCGCACAGCUUCCCCGGCGGAGUUUCUCGUGCGCGUUGGCGAGUACGACCAGAGACGACCCGAAGGCAGCGAGGUGCAGGUGCGAGUGACGCACGUGCUCCCGCACCCGGGCUACGGCCGGUUGCAGCGUGACCUGGCUCUGCUGCGGCUGGCUAAGCGACUCCGCCGAUCGGGCCACGUUCGGCCGGCUUGCCUGGCGCCGGCGUCCCUGCGGCCUCUGUCCAACCUGAGCUGCGCCGUGUCCGGCUGGGGCAACGAGCGCACUCAGGGUACCACAGCUUACAGCCUGAACAAGCUGCGCGUGCCGCUUCGGCCACUCAAGGAAUGCCACUCCAUCUACGACGUGCCCAUCGGCAGCUGGCACCUAUGCGGCGGACGGCCCGGAAGGGGAGUGUGUUACGGUGACUCCGGUGGUCCGCUGUCGUGCCAGCUAUCGGACGGUCGCUGGUACGUGCUGGGAGUGGCGUCGUUCGGUUCCGGCUGCGCCCGGGCCACUUACCCGGACGUGUACACGCGCGUCCACCACUUCACUGGCUGUGGACUAAGCUUUCUGAACGAGAAGAACAUUGAGCGCAUCGUUGGAGGACAGCCCGCCGACGCCGGGGAGUGGCCAUGGCAGGUUUCCCUUCGCAAAGCUGGCCGUGACGGGAAGACGCGUCACUUCUGCGGCGGAGGGCUUAUCAGCGACCAGUGGGUGGCCACGGCGGCACACUGCGUGGUCACGCAGUUUGGCGGCGUGAUCUCGCCUGCUAGCAUCAUCAAAGUUCGUGUGGGUGAGCACGACCAAAGUGUGCUCGAAGGCGAAGAGAUCCAGGUGAACGCGCGCCAGAUCUUCAAGUACCACGGCUACCAGGGCUACAACAACGACAUCGCGCUCAUCAAGCUCGCCAAAAGGGUGCGCCUCAGCCGUCGCGUGCGGCCCGUCUGCCUGCCGCACCGCGACGAAGUAUUCGAGGGGAAAAACUGCGUCUCCACGGGAUGGGGAGCUACCACAUCUGGAGGUGGUGCUCCGUCGACGGUGCUUCGUGAGGUGAGCGUGCCGGUGUACAACAACAACGUGUGCUACGGGCCCUAUGCGCGCAAGUUCCGCAUCAACAUCCGCAACUGGCAUCUGUGCGCUGGUGCCUUGGAAGGAGGCCGAGGAUCCUGCUAUGGCGACUCAGGCGGCCCGUUCCAGUGCAAACGCGCCGACGGCAGCUGGGUGCUGGCCGGCCUAGUGUCCUUCGGCUCAGGCUGCGCACAUCGUGACUACCCCGACGUCUACACCAGGGUAACCGAAUAUCUGGACUGGAUCGCCAAGACCACGGGCGGCGUCGUCAGCAGUUGAUGGCCACGAAAAACACCUUAUCGACACAGGCGGAUCUCCCGGUCAUGGAGCUCCCAGAAGAAAGCGACAGUACUUUUCCACAACAGCCCGGCAGUGAAGAGCCCCUGCAACAAGAGGAGAGACUUAAAAUAAUAA